AUGAGUGUAUUGCUACUUACCAGUCAUGCGGUUGCACAAAAUUUUAGUUUGUAUCCUACCGUGGAUGAAGUCAGCCUGGCAACGGCACUCAACAUCAGCAGUGACUGCUUAGAAGCACUCAAUACCACUCUACCUUGCGACCCAACCUUGUUUCAGAUGGCCAGUUCGGUGGAUAACUACUGGUGGCUUUCAGACGACCUUACCAAUCUCUGCACAGAUGCUUGCUUCGAGGCUGUUCAAGACUGGAACGACGAUGUUGCAAAUAGAUGCGUUUUUGACAGCAUUGUAGCAUACAAUAAAGUUGUUGAUGCUGGAUCCGUCGCCGGAAGGUUCUACGACGGUUUUCAAAUUGCAUGUCUCACCUCAAACGGAGAUGAGGAUAUAACUUACUGUUUGCUGGACAGCCAAGACUGGGUGGGUAGCGAUGUUAUUCGACCUGACUGCACGGUAGACCCUACCGAUCCGUCUUGUACUGAUCCAGCAGAUAUGAGCCCCGAUAACGAGCGUCUUGCAAAUCUGUAUGCAGACGAUGUGCUUUGUAGUGACUGUUUUGUACAGUUGAUGUAUCAGAGAUUGAUCUCGCCAUAUCUGCCGGACCAUGACUACUCGGACUAUCUCAUCGAGCAAUACCAAGAUAUUCUAGAUGUUUGCAAUUACACCGACAACAUGCCUGAGCUAGUCAUCAGAGCUCCGCCUGUCUAUCUUGAUGCAACUCCCCCGCCACUCAAUCUCAGCAGUUUUGCCCCCAAUACAACGUGUACUGGUCAGACGAUUGUGAAAAGCACUCUCGACCCCAACGCAAAUUGCAACACAAUCUCGCAGGCAUUCAAUGCAGCAACUGGCGACGUUCAAGCAGCGACUGGAAGCCCCAAUUGCACCAUCACGCAUUCGUCAUUCUGCUUGCCAGAGCCCUGCGCUCUUGAGCAAGUUCCUUCCAAUGCAAGCUGCGAUUCAUUAGCAGCAUCGUUCUCAACUGCCAAUCUCACCGUCAGCACGGUUCAGCUUUUGACCUGGAAUCCCAAUAUCAACGGGCUUUGCGAUAGCCUCACCCCGGGCGACUAUGUUUGUGCCGGCGCACCAGGAGGUUCGUAUAUCCCCCCAACUCUUCCUCCCGGAAACUCAAGCGAUGCUGGACAGCAACGCGGAGGCGACGGUGGCACUCCUACUAAUCCCGCGGGGCCAAUUUCCACCGCAGAAGUGCCAUCGCCAAUCCAGACUGGUAUUGUCGUCGGAUGCACCAAGUUCACAAAAGCGGUCUCUGGCGACUUGUGCUAUCAAUUCGCUUCGGAUAACAAUAUCACAACCACUGAGCUCUACGCAUGGAAUACGAUCCUUGGGAGCGAUGGCAGCAACUGUAGGACCGAAUUUCAAGCUGGUUACUACUAUUGCAUUACAGGCCCAUCAGUGAGUGCGACUAGCACCAGCAGCGCUCCGACAGCAUCAUCUUCCUGUGCUGGAGGAACAGCACCACCAGAGCAGACUCAGGCAGGUAUCGCAUGUAAUUGUGACAAGUGGGCGGAACAGACCGACGGGGUGUAUUGUGCCGAUAUGGCAAGCGCAGCUGGGAUUACUUUGGCCCAGCUCUACGCACUGAAUCCAGCUUUGAAUGGCGAUUGCUCUGGACUGUGGGGUGGAUAUGCAUACUGCAUUGGUCCGGUUCCUACUGCAACGGCUACGAUAUCAUCGACUGCUCCAACAUCAACUUGUGCUGGAGGGACUGCACCGCCAGAGCAGACGCAGGCGGGGAUUUCUUGUAAAUGCAAUAAAUGGGUAGAGCAAACGAGUGGAGUGUAUUGUGCUGAUAUAGCAACUGCGGCUGGGAUAACUUUGCAGACUCUUUACAGUCUUAAUCCGGCGUUAAAUGGAGACUGCUCUGGCUUGUGGGCAGGAUAUGCUUAUUGCAUUGGACUUGCCGCUUAA